UCUCAGUAGAAACAACUCACUCAGGAGAAACAGUCCUCAGCUCUUUGGAAAAAACGUCAUCUGAUGAGGCUCCGCUGAAGAGUCUCUGCUGCACACACUCCUGAAGACUCCACUCUUCCUCCUGUCUCUUCUCUCUACCCUCCAGCCUUCCAGCCCCCAGCAGCAUGCCUCCUCAGCUCCCCUCUCAGAACCAGAGCAGCCCGAGGGUCCUGCAGGGCGACCUGAGCGCCCUCAGCCCGGCCCUGAAGGAGUUUGUGGAUCUGAACGUGACUCUGUGCCAGCCUGACGCCCUACACAUCUGUGACGGCUCCGAGGAGGAGAACCGGGCCGUCCUGACCCAGCUGGAGGAGCAGGGCCUGAUCAAGAAGCUCCGCAAAUAUGAGAACUGCUGGUUGGCCAGGACCGACCCGAGGGACGUGGCUCGUGUGGAGAGUAAGACGGUGAUUGUGACCCGGGAGCAGAGGGACACAGUGCCCACCCCUCUGGACGGAGAGGUCAGCCAGCUGGGACGCUGGAUGUCCCCUGAAGAUUUCGACAAGGCCGUGGCCCAAAGGUUCCCUGGCUGCAUGAAAGGUCGUACCAUGUAUGUGAUCCCGUUCAGCAUGGGUCCAGUGGGGUCCCACCUCUCUAAGAUCGGGGUGGAGCUGACCGACUCCCCCUACGUGGUCGCCAGUAUGAGAGUGAUGACCCGCAUGGGGAAGUCUGUGCUGUCCGCUCUGGGGACGGGAGAGUUCGUCCGCUGUCUGCACUCCGUCGGCUGUCCUCUGCCGCUGAAGAAGCCCUUGGUGAACAGCUGGCCCUGUAACCCGGAGCAGACGCUGAUCGCUCACGUCCCGGACCGCAGGCAGAUCGUCUCGUUCGGCAGCGGAUACGGAGGAAACUCCCUUCUGGGGAAGAAAUGCUUCGCUCUGCGCAUCGCAUCAUGCAUCGCCAAGGAAGAAGGCUGGCUGGCCGAGCACAUGCUGAUCCUGGGUGUCACCAACCCUGCAGGGCAGAAAAAGUACAUGGCAGCAGCCUUCCCCAGCGCCUGUGGGAAGACCAACCUGGCCAUGCUCUGCCCCACGCUGCCCGGCUGGAAGGUGGAGUGUGUGGGAGACGACAUCGCCUGGAUGAAGUUUGACGACCAAGGAAACCUACGUGCCAUCAACCCUGAGAAUGGCUUUUUCGGAGUUGCCCCCGGCACCUCAGUUAGAACCAACCCCAACGCCAUGGAGACCAUCAUUAAGAACACAGUGUUCACCAAUGUUGCGGAAACCAGCGAUGGCGGCGUGUACUGGGAGGGAAUGGACCAGGCACUUCCUGAAGGAGUCACCAUCACUUCCUGGAAGAACAAGCCCUGGAGCUCAGAGGAUGGCGAACCUUGCGCUCAUCCCAACUCUCGUUUCUGCACUCCAGCCGGGCAGUGUCCCAUUAUCGACCCAAUGUGGGAAUCCCCGGAGGGAGUCCCCAUUGAGGCCAUCAUUUUCGGAGGACGAAGGCCAGAAGGUGUCCCUCUGGUAUACGAGGCUUUCAGCUGGCAACACGGUGUGUUUGUUGGAGCAGCCAUGAGGUCAGAGGCCACCGCUGCAGCCGAGCACAAAGGCAAGAUGAUCAUGCACGACCCCUUCGCCAUGCGCCCCUUCUUCGGCUACAACUUCGGCCAGUACCUCUCUCACUGGCUGAGCAUGGCCGACCGCCCCGGUGCCAAGCUCCCCAAGAUCUUUCACGUCAACUGGUUCCGUAAGAGUCCCACCGCUGGAUUCCUCUGGCCCGGUUUCGGAGACAACAUCCGCGUUCUGGACUGGAUGUUCAGGCGUUUGAAUGGAGAGGCCGGCGCCAUGACCUCCGUGGUGGGCUACCUGCCAUGCUGCAACGACCUGAACCUCCAGGGCCUGGAGGAGGAGGUGGACCUCAGCCAGCUGUUCUCCCUGGAUAAGGAGUUCUGGCAGAGGGAGGUGGCCGAUGUUAGGAAGUACUUGACCACGCAGGUGAACGACGACCUGCCCAACGAGGUGGCCCGGCAGCUGGAGCUCCUGGAGCAGAGAGUGAAGCAGUUAUUCUAGAACAAAAUAUAAGACAUUUGAAUAAAGACUUCUAGUGAAUCUAUAAGACUUACCAGAUAUUCUAAAGCAAACGUUUAUUGAUUCAAGAACUACAUAUCAGAAAUGGUAAUAGUUUCUAGUGACUCUAGAACAACGUUCUGAGUUCCAGGAAGACAUAUAACAAUAUAGUAUCCUUAUCAUUGAAGUCGGUGGAGUCUUACAACUACAUGAAAGGGGAACACUUGUCCUCAGAUCAUUUAUUUUAAUAUUAAAGCUUUUUGACUGUUUUCAAUGUUUUCGUUAACUAUAAUCCUCCAACAUUUUCCCCAGGACAAUUAUUUUAAAGACUUUUAAAUUUGUUCUGGGGAUGAUAAGAUAAAUGAUAGAAAAUUGUAGUGUAGAAAGAAAUUGUAGUCAGAAACAUUCCUCACUAUGCUAACAGUAUGAGAGAAUGUGCCAAGGGAAAUGUUUCCUUUCCAUGAUUCCCUUGCUGUUGUAACAGCUCUUUGUUUUAAACUGUUGUUCUAAUGUAUUGCCCUACUGUACUUCUGAAUUCUACUAUUUAAUAGUAACUUAUUAUGAGCGCACAUCACACUGUCAUUGCCAUGUGGACUUGGAGAGCACAGAAAGAGUAAAUAAGUCCAUGUUAGCUCCAGUAUUGUUUAACCCCCUAACAUAGGGUGAAUGUCGUUUUCUGUUCCUGUUUGUAUUCUUAAUUUAUUUGUAUACACUGUUGGUUUCUCUUGGUUCUGUUUUGGGGCCAUCUUGAGACCCCAGAGAAGGGAGAAGACAAUAAAAGUGUUGUCAAUUAUUAAGUCA